GCUGCGACGGUUCCUCGCACCUGUCUCGUGCGUGUCGCCGAGUGUGAAAAAGCCCUGCGCUGACACAACUCCACAAAGUAUCUGCUCUCUCCGAUCCUGCCUGAAUGUUGACUUUCUGCUUUAACUAAAUAUGGAAGAGCUCGUUGCACGGUGGAUCCUGUCAAUUCUUUCGCCUUGAGGUCGAUAACUUUCCAAUUCAGCUUUCCCCGAACGAUCUGCGACCUGUCAUCACCUCACCCAGCAAGUGUAUGUGAGCGCACUGGCACUUCUGUGUUUUUUCUGCUUCCAGAGCCCCCUCAGCAGCCACCGAAAACACCCAGAGACCACAGGCUGCAAGAUUAGAGUGAAGGAUGGGGUCAUCAGUUCCUCUGCUGGCCUUGCUCCUUGCACUCACCACCAGUGCGUUGAGUCUCAACCCAGAUGACCCCAAUGUCUGCAGCCACUGGGAGAGCUAUGCGGUGACUGUCCAGGAAUCCUACGCUCACCCAUUCGACCAGAUCUAUUACACUAGAUGCACAGACAUCCUCAACUGGUUUAAAUGCACAAAGCACAGGAUCAGCUAUAAGACAGCUUAUCGGCGGGGAGUGAGGACCAUGUAUAGGCGCCGCUCGCAGUGUUGCCCUGGUUACUUUGAAAGCGGAGACUUGUGUGUUCCUCUGUGCACAGAGGAGUGUGUCCACGGUCGCUGCGUGUCUCCCGAUACAUGCCAGUGCGAGCCCGGAUGGGGAGGACUGGACUGCUCCAGUGCAAGCACAGCCAAUGGAACAGGCUGCGAGAGUGACUUCUGGGGACCUCACUGCAGCAAUCGGUGCCAGUGCCAAAAUGGGGCUAAGUGUAACCCCAUCACAGGUGCCUGUGUCUGCACUGAUGGGUACCAGGGAUGGCGUUGUGAGGAGCCCUGUGAGCAUGGUUAUUAUGGCAAGGCGUGCCAGUUACCAUGCCAAUGUCUCAAUGGUGCCACCUGCAACCACGAGACAGGAGAGUGCAUCUGUGCACCGGGCUACACAGGGGCUUUCUGUGGGGAGCGCUGCCCCUCCGGUAGUCAUGGGCCUCAGUGUGAACAGCGCUGCCCCUGUCAGAACGGAGGAACGUGCCACCACAUCACAGGAGAUUGUUCCUGCCCUGCUGGGUGGACGGGUUCAGUGUGUGCCCAGCCCUGCCCUCUUGGCAAAUACGGCAUCAACUGCAGCAAAGACUGUUCCUGUCGUAACGGUGGAAUGUGCGACCACAUCACGGGGCAGUGUCAGUGUGCAGCCGGCUUCAGUGGACGCAGAUGUCAGGAUGACUGCCCUGUGGGCACCUAUGGACCGCAAUGUAACCAGAAGUGCGAGUGUCAGAAUGGAGCCAAGUGUCACCAUAUCAAUGGAGCCUGUCUAUGUGAAACAGGGUUUAAAGGGCCUAAUUGCCAGGAGAGAUUCUGUCCCCCAGGUCUAUACGGCCUCAUUUGUGACAAGUACUGCCCCUGUAACACCACCAACACCGUGAGCUGCCACCCGCUUUCUGGUGAAUGCACCUGCUCUGCGGGAUGGACAGGGCUUUACUGUAAUGAGACCUGUCCGCCUGGAUUCUAUGGAGAGGGAUGCAUGCUGACUUGCAGCUGUGCCAACGGAGCUGACUGUCAUCCUGUCACGGGUACCUGUACAUGUGCCCCUGGGUUCAUGGGUGAGGACUGCUCUACAGUGUGUCCACCUGGUCUGUUUGGACGUAGUUGCCUGUCCACCUGCUCUUGCCAUAAUCAUGCAUCCUGCUCUCCUGUUGAUGGCUCCUGCCUCUGCAAGGAAGGUUGGCAGGGUGUGGACUGCUCCAUCCUCUGUUCCAGUGGUGCCUGGGGUCUGGGCUGUAAUCAGACAUGCUUAUGUAGCAACAGAGCUGCAUGCGAUCCUAUAGAUGGCACUUGCACAUGUUCUCCUGGUUGGAGAGGAGAGCACUGUGACGAGCCCUGCCCUGAGGGUACAUAUGGGUUGGAGUGCCGUGAGCGCUGCGACUGCAGCCACGCUGAUGGCUGUGACCCAGUGAGCGGUUAUUGUCGCUGCUACCCUGGCUGGACAGGAAUCCACUGUGAUAAUGUGUGCCCACAAGGCUUCUGGGGACCCAACUGUUCAGUCAGCUGCUCCUGUCAGAACGGAGGAUCGUGCUCUCCUGAGGACGGCACAUGUGUGUGUGCACCUGGAUACAGAGGGACGUCCUGCAAAAGAAUCUGCUCUCCGGGGUUCUACGGGCACCGCUGCAGCCAGUCGUGUCCACAGUGUGUGCACAGCACCGGGCCAUGCCAUCAUGUCACGGGCCACUGUGAGUGCCUGUCUGGCUUUACUGGCUCGCUGUGCAACCAAGUCUGUCCAAGUGGCAGGUACGGGAGAGCUUGUGCCGAGAUCUGCCUCUGCACCAACAACGGCACCUGCAACCCCAUUGAUGGCUCCUGCCAGUGUUUCCCUGGCUGGAUAGGAGAGGACUGCUCUCAGGCCUGUCCCUCUGGGCACUGGGGCCCUGAUUGUCUCAACUCGUGUAACUGUCACAAUGGAGCCCAGUGCAGUGCCUAUGAUGGAGAGUGCAGGUGCAGCCCCGGCUGGACCGGUCUCUACUGCACACAGCGCUGUCCUUCAGGGUUCUACGGCAGGGACUGCUCCGAAGUCUGUCGCUGCCAAAACGGUGCAGACUGCGACCACAUAUCUGGCCAGUGUGCUUGCCGAACCGGCUUCAUUGGGACGAGCUGUGAGCAGAAGUGUCCCGCUGGUACAUUUGGAUAUGGUUGCCAGCAGCUAUGCGAGUGCCUGAACAAUGCUACCUGUGACUAUGUGACUGGAACAUGCUACUGUAGCCCUGGCUAUAAAGGCAUCCGCUGCGAUCAAGCAGCUCUGAUGAUGGAAGAGCUGAACCCAUACACAAAGAUCAGUCCAGCACGAGGCUCCGAGCGCCAGUCGGCAGGGGCUGUCAUGGGCAUCAUCUUUCUCCUCCUCAUCAUCAUGGCCAUGCUUAGUCUGUUUGUGUGGUACAGACAGAGGCAGAGGGACAAGGGCCAUGAGAUCCAGCCAAGUGUAUCGUACUCACAGGCCAUGCACAUUACCAACACUGACUACUCUCUGUCUGAGUGUGGAAGUACUGUCGCCAUGAGGACCAGUGCUCCUGAGAUCAGUCAGAGCCAGAAUAGCAGCAGUAGCAGUGGCCAGUGCUUCUCCAACCCUAGCUACCACACCGUGGCUCAGUGCAACGUGGUCUCAACCAUUUCCAGCAACUUGGAUGGCACUCUGACCCUCAAAUCAAACACGCUGAAGAGCAGAAAUGGGUCUGAAUGGAGGGCCUACUGCAAUCUCAAUGACCUGGAUGUUCAACAGGGUGAGGCACAGACACAAAGAGGCUCCAGGAAAGCUGCAGAUUACAUCAAGAGCUCCAUGUGCAGCAACAGCUCCUGCUCCCUCAAUAGUGAGAAUCCUUAUGCUACCAUUAGAGACCCACCAGGGCUGGCUUGCAAGCACACAGAGAGCAGCUAUGUGGAGAUGAAAUCCCCCUCCCACCGUGAAGUGCCCUUUGGAGGCACUGCCACCCUCCUGGGCAGUGCAAGCAGGAAUGUCUAUGAUGUUGAUACUGACAUGCUGAGAUGGAAGGACAGCCACAGCUCCUCUGGACCCUGCUCUCUUUGGCUCCCUCACUGGCGCCCAUUCUAUCGCCCAGAGAGAGGAAAGGGGGGAGAAAGAGUGUCCCACACACCAGCGAUCAUUCACUCAUUGUAUUUUCUUAUAUAAUUGAUCACACAAACUGCUGGCUGGCCUCUUUAUGGACCUGCUGAAGUGGAACAAUAUCUUUCCAAGCACCCUGUAAGACAGUAUACAUGGAGUGGGUGGACAGUUUAUUUACCUGGAGAGAGCUCUCUUCACUCUGAUUUUUAACCCAUCAUAUAAGUUUGCAUUCAAGGGCAGCCAAGCGUUUAUAAAGUCCCCGCAAAACACAAGUGAUUUUCUCCACAGGAAGGAAGAUUUAACAGCCUUCACCAUAUCUAAGCAGGCAAAGAUCUGCUAUGUAUAGUGUUUAUGAAUUUUCUCUGUGAAGCAGCUGCAUAUCACAGCACAGCUGCCACAAAGUGCUUACGAUCAUCUACUCUGAAGUGAAGAAAAGCGCAGGCAAAGGUAGCAAAACCUCCACUAAAUGUUAAUUUAAGGAAACUUUGCUGUGAGUGAGCCAAGUCUGAGGAAGCAUGGAUAAAUAGUAAAAUAUUGUAUUUGGGGUUUUUUUUAUUCACUGUUAUCCAGUAACAAUCACAGUUAAUACUCAUGUGAUCUCUGUGUCUUACUAAAGAGCUUCUCUUAGUUUUAGUGUUAAUGAGGCCCAGUGUAUCUUGAAAUGUAUUCAGGUCAUCAGUGUUCAUGCAUUUAUUGCAUUGCUGAAAGUAACAGUAAGUCUAAAGUUUGGAUUUUUCUCCCCACACUAAUGAAGUGAUCUGAUCUUGUGUUGUUUUGUACGUGAAAGCUUCUUCUUUUUUUUUUUUUUCUUGCAAAUGUUUUGGUUUACAUCUUUUUUUUUUUUAAAUAGUGGGUCAUAAGAAGAGUUUGCUUAGACUUUUUUUGUAUUUAUAAAUCUAAUUGCUUUUUUUUUGGAUUGUUUUAUAUUAGUGAUGGUGUUCCUUUUUAAAAAACAAAAAAAAAAUCAGUGUUAUUCUAGCAUUAAAAAAAAGAUGAGCAUGGAUACCCGCUGAUGUAGAUAACACAAUUUAUCUUCUUGUGAAAUUAUCGGUGUCAUUUUGUGAACUGUUUUUGAAGUCACUUAAAAUGUUCUCACUCUCUCUGUCAAAUUGUAAAUUGAAAAAAGGAGAAAAAAAAAAGGCUUUCACAUGAGCAAUUUUAAGACCCACAAAUAUCCUGUGCAGUAUUUACAAAAGGGAAUUAUAUGUUUAAAAAAAAAAGAAAAAAAGAAAGGGAAACAAAUCCAUUUCUAAAUUAAUUUAUGUUUGUAUCAGGCUAAAAGAGCAUAUUUAUUUAUUUAUUGAUUUAUUUAUCGAGAUGAAUUUGCUCAUUCACUAUGUGAAUUCCAUUUCACCCUAUGUAGAAGCAAUAACAUGUUGACAAUCGAUGCACAGACAGCGUUUCAUUAGUGCUGAACAUUAUCCCAUCUUUGACCAGUGUGGUGACCAGUGGAUCAUAAACCAUGUGACUAUUUGACCUCCAAGGAAGGUUUUUCUAGCUGCUGUCAUAUCAAAGCAGGUUGUUGUUUUGGUACAAGUUUCAAAUUAAAUGCCUAUUCUGCCAUCAGAAACCCGUUUCAGUCAGGUUAAUACCCUUAAUGAAGGGUUCUGGUCU